UGCAUCGACCUUUUACAUAUUAGCCUAAAUCGGUUUUUGUUACUCACAGUUGGUCUAUGGCCUUAUCAGCAGUCUAAACUUGUUCAACUUCAAUUAAUUUUGUUAUUUAGUAUUUUGGCGACAUUUAUCUUAGCUCAGUUUGCAGCAUUUCUGACUUUACAAUGUACUCCUGAUCUUUUCAUCGAUAUUGUCGCAUCUGCAUCUAUUUACCUUAUCUUUGCUGUUAAAUAUAGUUCAUUUAGGAUUAAUAUUGAAGUCGUAAAAUAUUUGCUGGAGCAAUUGCAGCAUAUAUGUAACGAGCUGACUGACAAAAAUGAAAUCAAUAUUAUAAAACAGUAUGCUAUCAAUGCGAAACGUUAUACGAUUGCGCUUAUACUAUUAAUUAUAUCGGGUGCGUUCAUUUUUAUUUUAAACCCAAUUUGGUCCGGUUUUUUUGACAUCUUAUUGCCUAUAAAUAAAACUCAAUCACAUCGUUCGUCAGCAUUUACGACAGAAUACUUUGUCGAUCAUAAAAGAUACUUCUACUUAAUAUCCUUCCACGCAAACGCGGCUUUUGUCAUAGGAAUUAUCGCAAUGUUGGCACCAGGAACAAUACUCAUAGUAUACCUACAGCAUGCCUGUGGAAUGUUUCGAAUUGCCUGUUAUCGUAUUGCACGAGCAAUGACAUUCGAAGCUCUACGAGAAAAAGGCUUACAAAACGAGAAUUUGAUUUACAAUGGAUUAAUCUGUGCCGUGGAUAUACAUCGCAAAGCUAUGAAAUUUUCUGACUCGGCAGUAUCUAGAUUUAAAGUAAUGUUCUCGCUUUUGAUAAUAAUCGGUGUGAUUUGCGGGAGUCUUAAUACUUUUCGGAUAUUUCAAAUGGCAUCCUUUGGAUUCGAUCUUGAAGAACUUUCAUUACGAUUAAUAUUUCUCAUCAUUCAGUUAUGUUAUAUGUUUAUAGGCAAUUAUCUUGCACAAGAAGUUAUAGAUCACAAUAAUGAUGUAUUUGUCGCUGUGUACAACGUUCGAUGGUAUGUAGCUCCGCUGCAAAUACAAAAAAUGAUACUGUUUCUUUUACAAAGAGGAACUAAGACGUUCACUUUGAAUAUUGCUGGAUUGUUUGUAGGAUCACUAGAAGGUGCUGCUACGUUGUUGAGUACUGGAAUAUCGUUUUUCACCGUUCUUUAUUCUACUUUUGCUGAGUUUUUAAUAUCCAACUUUGAGGGUUCAUUUUUUUUUUUAAUCGCAGUUGGUGUAUGUUGCUUAAGUCUUAACCUUUUCCAACUUUUUCAAGCUUUAGCGUUUGGCAACAACAAAGAAGAACUUUUAUUACAUCUUCUAAUUGUAAUCAUCAUUCUUUUAUACAUGUUCUUAGCUAAUUUAGCUGGACAAGAAGUCAUGGAUCACAAUAAUCAUGUAUUUUUUACUAUAUAUAAUACUCGCUGGUAUUCAGCGCCGUUAUCUAUACAGAAACUGAUAUUAUUUUUGUUACAAAGGGGUAGUAAAACUUUCAGUCUUACCAUUGGCGGAUUGUUUCCAACAUCCUUAAGAGGUUUCGCCUCGCUAGCAAGUGCAUCAAUAUCUUACUUCACUGUCAUAUAUUCUACACAACAAUGA